CCCUCCACCACGACCAUCCACCCCACCCCAACCACCUACUACCAACCACCGACACCGACAUUGACCACACAACAUCAACAAGGGGCGACUGUCUUUUGCUAGCUCCCCCCAUCAGUAUCGCGACGACGCGCGUAGAGCAUCCCAUCUUACGCGCCCACUCGCCGCAAUCGCAUCCACUCCGGUCACCUCUUUUCACAUCAAGCACCAAGCACCCCCCUCCACCCACCACCGCCGCACCUCCACCCAACCUCCACCCACCCGUCGUCGUCCAUCCAAGACACGCGCAAACCCAACCACCAGCACCGACACACCAAACCCCGCCCACCAUGCCAGCUCGCAGGGCUACUGCAACCGCCUCGGAUGGGUCCCCCAUCACCCCAGAGGGUGGAAAGGAAAAGCAAACCUUUGGCUGCGCGUUUCCAGGCUGUGGCCAGACCUACAGCCGCAUGGAGUAUUUGAAGCGUCACCAAAGAAAACACCAAGACGAACGCCCGUUCCAGUGCAAGGACUGCUCCAAGGCGUUUGCGCGAAGCGACGUGCUUCUCCGCCACAGGAGGCGAUGCCACCCGACCCCGCCGCCACAGGACCGCAACUCGCACUCGCCACUGCCGCCGGUGCGCGCACACCCCUCGGUUCCCAUCUCGUCAUCGCGGACGUCGGAGCGUGAGGCUUCCCCUAUUCGUGGCGGACGCAAGCAUGCGCGCAACUCGGAGGGAUCGUCGGGGGAGCACCCCAGCUCGAGACCCCGCUUAUCGCCGACGUCAGACGACGAGGACGAGGACCGCUAUGGGUCGAGGUACUCGCGCAACGGCAUGGGUAACGGUGGAGUCUUUGGUGUGACCAGCAACUACCACAACGGCAACCCCGUCACAUCCGACCCCCUCUACUCGGGGCACAUGUUGUUCCAGAACGCGUCCUCGGGCAGCAACUAUCACAACUUGCACCACGACUCGGACCACUUAGAAGACGCAUCGGUCCUGCUGUCAAUGGCGUAUCCUGGUGGCGUGCCUGCGUCGGAUAACGGCCAGGCCACCAUCGGUACGCUGCUGGACGGGGAUACGAAUACGACGGCAGACGCCAUUGCUGCCGUCACCACAUCAGUGUCCAACGACAAUGACAAUGCCUCUGCGAGUGGGUCGAAUUUUAACUCGGGCGCCGUCGAGAACCCGGCUCGGCCGGCGGCGCCGGGAGCUGUGCUGCCCGAGUCGAUGGGAAACUUUGCGGGAACCAUGAACUGGCUCGCGAAUGGUGUCUCUGGAAACCAAGACACGGAUACGUGGGGUCUAUCAGACCCCUCACGUCCCUUGUCUCCCUUCAACAUUUCUUCUCUCUUUUCUCCUUCAGCGUUUGGUGUUGCAAGCCUGCCUUCUCCAGGCGCGCUGCUGUCAAACGACACGACCGCCUUGGCCAUCGCCGCAGCUGCGUCGGCUGCCUUCCACACUGGUCCCACCAACAAUGACCAGUCGGGCAACAACGCCAACGAUGCCGUUCAGCAGGCCAACCAGGUCGUCUCGGCUAUCUUGGAACAGCUUGCUGCCAAUGAGACCCCAGAGACCAAGGCGAAUCCCAACCCGGAGCGACCACUGCUUCGUCUCGCAAGCAAGGAGAUCCAGUUUAGAUCCGGAGCAGAGUGCCCCACGGCUUCACGCUUCUUCCUCCCGGCCGACAGGUUUGCAGGCUGCUACCAGAUCCCCCACUGGGCUCUCCCGCCUCUGCGCACGCUGUCCGUCAUGGCUGCCCGCACCUACUACUCGGUGCUCAAUCACUUCCCAUUCGUCCACACGCCGACAUUCCAGCUGAUUGACACGGCCGCAUGCCUGGCGUUUGCCAUCUGCACCGCUGGUGGUAUCAGGACCGGUCUGCGCAAAAACCACUUGACUGCCCGACCAGGAUCCGCCACUCCGGCCAUCUCGGCUGGUGGCGCAUGGGAGGGCAUUGUGCCAGACUUCAACAUUGGUGUGGAUCCAGAAGCAGACGAAGAUCGCCGUCGCCUCGAGGAGUGGGAUGCCGGCCAGAUUGUCCGACACGAGAAGACCAACAUGCUCGUCAAGUCGUUCUCGCUUGCCAAGGGCGUCUUGAUGACAGAGUACAACGUCGCGCUUCUCCAAGCUCUCGUUCUCUACCACGCCCCCUACUUCCUCUCGCCAAACGACUCUGAGCGUCGCCACGCAAACAUGUUCCUCGGCACCAUUGUCAACAUUACCCGGCAGAUCGGCUUCUUCCAGUCGGACCUCGAGCACGCCGAGUUGACCAUCCAGGUGCCGUCGAUCGUGCCGUACACGCCGACAGAACUGGAGCGGUCGUGGAAGCGCUGGAUCCAGCUCGAGUGCCGCCGACGCACCGCGUACCUCGUCUACCACCUAGACAUGGUGUCUGCGCUCGAGUCGGGCAUUCCUUGCAUCCUCACGCCUUCCGAGGUCGCUGCGCUGCCACUGCCCGCUCCGGACAGCGUCUGGAAGGCCGAGACGGCAGCAGAGUGGCUGCAGGCAGUGCAGACAUACCAGCCCAUCAGCCUUGACGAAGCUAUGCGCCGCACCUUCUUCCUCCCGACAUCUGGCGCCUUUGACGCCAUUGACAAGAAUGCCGACACGAAGCGCCCCAACUGGUUGAGCGAGUACGAGUACGGCGCGUUUGCCCGCACAGCCAUCAUCAUGACCCUUGUGCGCGGCAUUGUCGACCUCGGAGAGGGCAAGCGCGACCACGGCGACUGGCGCGACCUGACUGAUCUGUGGAUCGGGGCAUCAUACCUCAAGCCCAGUAACAGGUGUCUGUCUGGCGACGGUCGGGACAUCGGCGUGUUCUCGCAGGAGGCGCUUCGCAACCGGUUUGCGCUGGCACUGCAGCGAUGGAAAGAGGGUUGGGACUUUGACACCCAGUGCUCUGGUGUGGUGACCAACAACUUGCUAAACCCAUUCGGCGGUGCUUCGUCUGACAGCUCGCCGGGUUCGGCCAGCAAUGCUAGUUCGCAGGGCAAGACCAAGCUGGUGUACUGCGAGGGUAAGUGGAACGGGUCCGAUGCUGGCCCUGCCUCGCUGACACACGUCACAGAGGCCAUGCCAUUCUACUUCCUUGCUCACUCACUUCUGGGCAUGCUUAUCGCGAGCAAUGCCACAGAUGCUGGCCACAACACGUUUGCCAACUUGAAGUAUAAUGAUUUGCUCGAAGCAUCCCGGACUCUGGCCAGAGCUGGCGAUGGCAUGACAGGAGUUCCUCACACACCAGUGUUCUAGUACCCGAUUAGAUUGUCGCGACCGACCCCAAGUUUUAUUCGACCGACCGGCCCCAUGCCCGUGGUGUGGCUCUGAUUUCGCCAUUGUUGAGAGGGCCUUGCUUACGGCCGUCCUACAGUCCCCUCUCCCCUGAGCCUCACCGGGGCCUGGGUAUGGCACCUCUUGUAUGAUUAGGCUAGCCUUCUUUUUUUACCGGGCGUAUGUUAGCUGUUUAUGAG